CUCUCCUGCAGCCUGCUGUGCUGUUUUGUGUGCAUGUUGAGGCAGAGUGAGAGCGGAGGAACGUGUGCUCAGGUCCUUUUAAACAAAGAUCCUGGACACUAGUUCGUGUGUGUGAGUGCUUGUGCUUGUUGUAAUGUGACUGUUUUAGAUCCAGCCUUCCACUGUUUGCACAUAUGAAAACGAGUUAGCUAGUAUUAGUUUAUUGUAGUUGGGAGAAGAUGUCCACCGACUGCCAGAAGACCACCGCUAAGGCCAUCCCGUCGAUCAGGAGGGUGACGAUCAACGACGCGGAGCACAUGCCCCACGACUACUCCACCACCCCGGGAGGGACUCUGUUCAGCACGACCCCCGGCGGUACCAGGAUCAUCUACGAACGCAAGUUCCUGCUGGACUGUCGCAGUUCUCCGUUGGCCAGGACCCCUCCUGCCAACCUGCCAGUCAUCCCAGGAGUGACCAGCCCUGCCUCCAAGGACACCAGCAAGAACACUCGAAAUGGAGAACUACUGAACAACAACACCGCUGCUCCGGACAGUAGCACUGCUGGUGAUGACGCACAGUUUGAAAUGGACAUCUAGGUGAAGCCCAACAAAGCGCUGUGAAGAGAGGGGUACCGUCUCCCCCCCACCAUCACCUACUCCAUGUAGACAGAGGAUCUUAUCUCUGUCGGCCUCAUUUUUUGGAUCUGUAAUUACACUUUCACUGUCUGCCUCAAGGUUUCGGCCUGGUUUAUGUGUAACAAAAAGUGUGCCUUCAGGUAGUGGCUGCGAGUUUAAAACGAACACUGAGAAGUGCUUAACACCAACAGUGCCUCAUCGCUCGGUAAUAAAACAAGUCAGUGAAAAUGAGAAUCGAAUUGUCCGAAUUUCUAACCAUUCCAGAAAGGUUUUCACUCGAUGUGCUUUUAUUUCAGUGCAUUUCGCGACACCUCGAUUUAGAUACGGUCUGUCAGUAUUGCUCUCACAAACGAGCGCUUCACCUGAAGUGUAAAGAAUGUAAAACAGAAAUUUGUAGAUGACAUUUUGAAUCAGAUAUUUCGCUAUUUUAGGGUGAUUUUAAAAAAGAAAUUAAAGCAAAUACCAUUCAGACUUUA